AUGAGCGCCAUCAUCAUCAAGUCCCUCUGCCAGUCGGCCACCAUGGCCGCACGCUCAAGUGCUGCUCCCAAUGCUGCUCGUGCGUUGUCUACGUCGGCGACGUCUCUACUCGACGAGCUCAAGGAGCAGAUUCCUGUCCGCCAAGAGGCGCUCAAGAAACUGAAGGCUGAGCACGGCCACAAAUCGUUGGGCGAAGUCACAGUAGACCAGACUUUGGGCGGUGCUCGUGGAAUCAAGUCUCUCCUGUGGGAAACUUCACUACUGGACGCUGAGGAAGGAAUUCGCUUCCGUGGCCACACGAUCCCGGAUCUUCAGAAGUGUCUGCCGGCCAAGGAAGAAGGCGGUGAGCCUCUACCGGAAGGUCUACUAUGGCUCCUUCUUACCGGUGAGGUGCCCACGGCUGCUCAGACUGCUAGCGUCACUGCUGAGCUGCACUCACGUGCCAAAGUGCCCGAGCACGUAACGAAGCUUAUCCGUGACCUCAAGCACGCUCACCCCAUGACGCAGCUAUCGGCUGCUGUGACUGCUAUGAACACUGAGAGUGUCUUUGCUAAGAAGUAUGCUGAAGGUAUUCACAAAUCAACGUACUGGGAGUACACGUACGAGGACAGCAUGAACCUCAUCGCCCGUCUGCCUGAGGUCGCGGCUCUUAUCUAUCGCAACACGUACUUUGGCGAGUCCAACAACGCGUACGACUCGAGCCUUGACUAUUCGGCCAACUUCAACCGCAUGCUGGGCUUUGACAAUGCUGAGUUCGAUGAGCUCAUGCGUCUGUACCUGGUCAUCCACAGUGACCACGAAGGCGGAAACGCCAGUGCCCACACCACGCACCUGGUCGGCUCGACGCUUUCGGACCCGUACCUCGCCCUGGCUGGUGGGCUUAACGCUCUGGCUGGCCCGUUGCACGGUCUCGCCAACCAGGAGGUACUCGGCUGGAUCCUCGACCUGCAGGCCGAGUUCCGCUCCAAGAACCUGGACGUGAACAAGGAGACCAUUACUCAGUUUGCGUGGGACACGCUGAACGCUGGCAAGGUCAUCCCGGGUUACGGUCACGCUGUGCUGCGCAAGACGGAUCCGCGUUACACGUGCCAGCGCGAGUUCGGUCUCAAGUACAUGCCUGACGACGAGCUGUUCCGUAUUGUGGAUACGAUUUACCAGGUCAUGCCGGGUGUUCUGACAGAGCACGGCAAGACCAAGAACCCGUACCCGAACGUGGACUCGCACAGCGGUGUGCUGCUGCAGUACUACGGCUUGACGCAAAAGAACUACUACACUGUGCUCUUUGGUGUGUCGCGCGCUAUUGGUGUGCUCUCGCAGCUCUUCUGGGACCGUGCACUGAGUCUUCCACUGGAGCGCCCCAAGUCAGUGACUAGCGAGUGGAUCAACAACUACUUUGCCAACAAGAAGUAA